AUGAGCAACAGUGAAAACACCGCGAGCACUUCGGCCAACUCUCGUCUAUGGCCAAGGAUAGACGUGGACGACAAAUUCCGUAAAGACCUACGCCAGGCGUUUGAGCUUUUCGAUAAAAAUGGAGAUGGAUAUGUCAGCACAGACGCUGCAGUGGUAACUAAACGUUAUCCUACUCUUAUCUUACCCUGUUUUGCCGAGUCACCAUGGCACAGUGGGCAGGUUCACGACUUUUGUGCCGACUUCGCUAUUCUGGCGAAAGCCAACUGGAAGGAGUUAUGCACACACGAGCCGAAUGUAGAGUUGUGGCUGCCAUAA